GAAGUAGUCACCGCCCAGCCCCCAUCUGGCCUCAGCCAUUGUCGGGCUGUAACACCGAAACCUUCUUAUCCGAAACUUUUAUGUGGCGUCUUCCUGCUUUUGGGAGCUUCGAAAGCUGUUUUUGUUUGGGUUUUUUUCCUCUCCCCGAACGGAACAGCCGAGAGACGAUAGCGUUUCCACAGAAUUACGGCAGGAAUUUAGACGGCAGGAAAACUUUUGAGAGAAGGAAUUCACUCAUUCCCGUUCCACCAUUUUGAACUUUUAAACUCAAGUUCUUUCCAGUGGGCGGUUUUCGAAUUUGAGACGAUGACGACCAUCAAUACAGCCAACAUCAACUUUAAGUGGGACCCAAAGAGUCUAGAGAUCCGUACUCUGGCGGUGGAGAGGCUGUUGGAACCCCUGGUCACCCAGGUCACCACCUUGGUAAACUCAAGUAACAAAGGUCCAUCAAACAAAAAGAAAGGGCGCUCCAAGAAGGCUCAUGUUUUGGCUGCAUCAGUGGAGACUGCUACCCAAAACUUCCUGGAAAAAGGAGAAAAGAUUGCAAAGGAAAGUCAGUUCCUGAAGGAUGAGCUGACUGCUGCUGUGGAAGAUGUUCGCAAGCAAGGUGAAUCAAUGAGACUGGCUUCUGGAGAGUUUGCAGAAGACCCCUGCUCUUCUGUAAAGAGAGGAAACAUGGUUCGUGCAGCCAGAGCACUCCUGUCAGCAGUCACACAUCUGUUGGUGCUGGCAGACAUGUCUGAUGUCUACAAACUUUUGCUUCAGCUUAAAUUGGUUGAGGAGAACCUGGUCAAGGUGCGUAAUGCUGGAACUGAGCAGGACCUGGGAAUCCAAUAUAAGGCUUUGAAACCAGAGGUGGACAAGCUGAAUAUCAUGGCAGCCAAGAGACAGCAGGAGUUGAAAGAUGUCCACCACAAGGACCAAAUGGCUGCCGCCCGUGGAGUCCUACAGAGGAAUAUCCCCAUGCUGUACACAGCGUCCCGUGCUUGCCUGCAGCACCCUGAUGUGGCAGCUUACAAGGCUAACCGUGACCUGAUCUACAAGCAGUUGCAGCAUGCAGUUUCCGGCAUCUCCAAUGCAGCCCAAGCCACAGCAACUGAAGACUCAGCACUGAGUCAGCCAGCCGGCGGUGGAGAGCUUGCAUAUGCUCUCAACAACUUUGAUAAACAAAUCAUUGUGGACCCCCUGUCGUUUAGUGAGGAGCGCUUCCGCCCUUCCCUGGAGGAGCGACUUGAGAGUAUCAUCAGUGGUGCUGCGCUCAUGGCUGACUCCUCUUGCACACGUGAUGACCGCAGGGAGCGUAUCGUGGCUGAAUGCAAUUCCGUGCGCCAGGCACUUCAGGACCUUCUCUCUGAAUAUAUGGGCAAUGCGGGCAGGAAGGACAGAAGUGACGCUCUGAAUACUGCUAUUGAUCGGAUGACAAAGAAAACCAGAGACCUGCGCAGACAGCUGCGUAAAGCUGUAAUGGAUCAUGUCUCUGACUCCUUUUUGGAGACCAAUGUUCCCCUCCUGGUCUUGAUAGAAGCUGCCAAGAAUGGUAACGAGAAGGAAGUCAAGGAAUAUGCACAGGUGUUUCGUGAGCAUGCCAAUAAACUGAUUGAGGUGGCCAACCUAGCAUGCUCAAUCUCCAACAAUGAGGAAGGAGUGAAGCUGGUCCGCAUGGCAGCAUCCCAGCUGGAAACUCUUUGUCCACAGGUGAUUAACGCAGCCUUGGCCCUCGCUGCCAAACCCAACAGUAAGGUGGCCCAAGACAAUAUGGAUUUAUUCAAGGACCAGUGGGAGAAGCAGGUCCGUGUCCUCACUGAUGCUGUUGAUGACAUAACAUCUAUUGAUGACUUCCUGUGUGUGUCUGAGAACCACAUCCUAGAAGAUGUGAAUAAAUGUGUCAUCGCUCUUCAGGAGAAGGAUGUUGAUGGGUUGGAUCGCACAGCAGGUGCUAUUCGAGGUCGUGCUGCCAGGGUGGUCCAUGUGGUCACAUCUGAAAUGGACAAUUAUGAACCUGGUGUCUAUACAGAAAAGGUGCUGGAGGCCACCAAGCUCCUCACAGACACAGUUAUGCCACGGUUCACAGAGCAAGUGGAGUCUGCAGUGGAGGCUUUAAGUGCAAAUCCCACACAACCUGUUGAUGAGAAUGAGUUCAUUGAUGCAUCUCGUCUGGUAUAUGAUGGCAUUCGUGAUAUUCGCAAGGCUGUACUCAUGAUCAGGACUCCAGAGGAAUUGGAUGACUCUGACUUUGAGACUGAGGACUUUGAUGUUCGAAGCAGGACCAGCGUGCAGACAGAGGAUGACCAGCUUAUUGCCGGCCAGAGUGCAAGAGCUAUCAUGGCCCAGUUGCCCCAGGAGCAAAAGGCAAAGAUUGCAGAGCAGGUGGCCAGUUUCCAGGAAGAGAAGAGUAAGCUUGACGCUGAGGUUUCCAAGUGGGAUGACAGUGGCAAUGACAUCAUUGUGUUGGCCAAGCAGAUGUGCAUGAUCAUGAUGGAGAUGACAGACUUCACCAGGGGGAAAGGGCCACUUAAAAACACUUCUGAUGUUAUCAGUGCUGCUAAGAAAAUUGCAGAGGCAGGAUCAAGAAUGGACAAGCUGGGCCGCACCAUGCCGACCAUGUAAGUUGCAGACCAGUGCCCCGACUCCACCUGUAAGCAGGACCCGGCCUAUCUGCAGCGUAUCGCCUUGUAUUGCCACCAGCUCAACAUCUGCAGCAAGGUCAAGGCUGAGGUUCAGAACCUGGGGGGAGAGCUGGUCGUCCAGGAGUAAGGUCAACACGCAUUUAAUUAUCUGAACAUUUCAUUAUGAUCAGGUUGUUUGUGUAGCUAAACUGCAGGAGGCAGUUCAGUUUGUACAUAUUAAAUCUCCACCCCACCCCCACCCCCCAUGUCUUCUCCAUGUACUCAGUUGGACAGUGCCAUGUCACUUAUACAGGCAGCAAAGAACCUGAUGAACACAGUGGUGUCCACUGUGAAGGCCUCCUAUGUUGCAUCGACCAAGUACCAGAAGGUCCAGGGCAUGCAGGCCCUCAAUAUGCCAGCAAUUUCCUGGAAGAUGAAAGCCCCUGAGAAGAAGCCACUGGUGAAGAGAGAGAAGCAGGAUGACGGCCAAAGUAACAGAGUCAAGAGGUCCUCUCAAAAGAAGCAUAUCAACCCUGUGCAGGCCUUGAGUGAGUUCAAGGCUAUGGAUAGUAUCUAGAUUUCCUCAUUAUGAUUUAAAAAAUAGACUAAGUAUGGGCCAAUGAAUUAUAUACAUCGGUUUUGUCUGUCAACAGUUUUAGGCCUAUUUGAAAAAUGCAUUCCAUCUUUACAUGGAUGGCUUGUGACGCAGUGUAAUUCUUGUCUGCCAUAUUUUACAGGAAUUCUGAAACAAUCUAAUAUGACACAGGAUGAUAGAUCAGCAAGUCAUUUGAACACUUUUUCAAUUUUGUUUUUCUAAUAAAGGGAGUGGAUAUCAUGAAUAUUGUACAAACUAAUUCCAAGAGGCUUUAUUUUGCAUUGUAAGCCCAUUAUAAUGUAAUACUGUGGGCUCUCUUUGGGGGUUUCCACUGUUAUCUUUAAUUAUACAACCUCAGCCUCUGUAUCAACCUUAUACUCCAAAUAUCAACCUAUGCAACAUCUCUACGGCCUUAUUUUAGCUUGAGCAAUAACUUCAGUUAGAUGUCCUAGUAACAGGUGAGAUUUUAAAUAUAUUUUUGCUUCAGCCUUGAAGAGCUGAAGUAAUGUUUUUUUUUUUUCCAUCUGGGCCCAGGUUUUCUAUCUUUAUAUGCAUAUAUUUGCUACAAUAUACAUUUCAGUUGAGAAAAGAAUUGUCCUUCAACACUAUUUUCAGUGCUGCCUGGCUCAUUUUGUAAUCCCCUUUAGUAUUUGGAGGGUUUUUUUUUUUUUUCAUUAACAUCUCAAAUUUGAUAUAUACUUUUUCAUGAUCACUUUAGACGGCAAACCAAAGGUGAAAGUAUUCUAUCCAACCUUCUGUUUUAGAACUUAAAUUGUGCGAGUGCUUCUUCACGCGCUGGGCAUGCUCUUGCCAACAAGCCGACCCAAACCUAUGUAAUGGCCUCAGCUGCUGAGAGUGUAAAAGAACCUGCUUAGUAAAAUGACUAAAGUAUUUGUCACUGCCUUUUGAAGCUGCAAAGCUUCUGUAAUGGUCAUUGAGACCAAAUGCCUCCACAAACAGCCCAAAUGGAGGCAGCGGUAUGCUUUCUGUUUGCCACUUUUCGACGUGGAUGAGGAAGGAACGGGAUUUAACAAAUUUUAAUAUGGUGUAAGUCCUUGUCCAUAACACUAAUUAAGUUUUCACAUUGCAUGUUUUUUUUUUUCUUUUUUUUUUUUUCAACCUUCCAACUGUUAGAGCUUUAAAUGGAGAUCAAAGGUUUAAAAGAAGCAGCUCAGAGUUCUUUGCAGGUGAAUACGUGAGUCUUUUUGCUGCUUUGGUCUCAAAGCUGAAUCUUUUAUAUUGCUCGUCUGAAAGCUCUGAACUGUGGCAGGAUGGUCGCGCAGUGUGACAGGUGAAUAUUCUUCACGAGGAAGCGUUUUAAAUUUUUAAGUUCCCCCACUCCCAUCCCACCCUCAUCAAUUUGUAUUUUGCUGUGCUAGAGUUGGACUUAAAUCUGGAGUGGUCAGACUACCUUGCUGUGGAUAUUUUGUUAUCGAGGGCUGAUUUUUAGUGGACACAUUUGUCGUAUACUGUGCCUGCUUGAUAUCUUAAUAAAGACGAUAAAGACAUUGA